UUAAUGGAUAGAAGAAAGCAAGAGCAGAGCACCACUUGAUCACUCAUAGCCCACGUUCCCACUCUCAAUCCCAAUUCUGAAAGAUCCCUUGGAAAAAUAUACUAGUAUAAAUCAAACCAACUCCCAAAACACAAACAACACAACACACAAGACGUGCUCACAAUACAUCACACACUUCACUCUUUCUUCUUCUUAAAUACCUCAAGAUCACAUCUCAAAACUAGAAGAAGAAUUUUUUUUUUUUUAUAAAUGGCUCUUGAGACUCUCAAUUCUCCGAGUUCAGCCACCGCCACGGCUCGGCCUCUUCUCCGGUAUCGUGAAGAAAUGGAGCCGGAUCAUCUCGAGCAAUGGGCUAAGAGAAAACGCACCAAGCGACAACGUCUUGAUCAGAAUCACCACAGUCAAGAUCAAGAACCCACUCCUUCCGAAGAAGAGUAUCUCGCUCUUUGUCUCCUCAUGCUCGCUCGUGGAACCGCCGUACAGCCUCCUCUCACUCCGCCUCCGCCGCCACGUCGCCCGUCUUCCGAUCACCGUGAUUUCAAGUGUACGGUCUGCGGAAAGUCGUUCACCUCUUACCAAGCCUUGGGUGGACACAAGACGAGUCACCGGAAACCGCCGGCGAAUAACGUCGACGUUCCGAGCAGCCAAGAGCCAUCUAAUAACAACGGUCACAGUAACGUUGUUUUUAGCGGUAACGGUACUGCUAGUAACGGUGUUAGUCAGAGCGGAAAGAUCCACACCUGUUCAAUCUGUUUCAAGUCGUUUCCGUCUGGCCAAGCAUUAGGCGGACACAAACGGUGUCACUAUGACGGUGGUAAUAACGGAAACGGUAACGGCUGUAGCAGCAACAGCGUAGGAGUCAUCGGUGGCAGUGACGUCAGCGACGUGGAUGACGAAAGAUCGUCGGAACGAAGCGCCAUCCGUGGAUUUGACUUAAACUUACCGGCUGAUCAAGUCUCGGUGGUUAUUUCUUAAACGUUGACUCGGUGAAUAUUGAAAGUCAACUUUCAAGCGGAGAAUGGGUGUUAGUGGCCGUGAAGCUUAACAGUCGUUUCUUUACCAGUUGCUUCAGUUUGACUGAGUCUGUAAUGAAAAUGAUUGGAGUGGACUUGCGCAAUUACCAUUGCAUUACUAUUAUUAUAUUUUUUAAAAGAAAUGUUUAUUUGUUGUUGGAUUUGUUUAUAGACAGAGGAGACAAUUGGGAUU